AUGGAAAACGAGGACACUCGCACCCGCGUUAUUACCAUUGAGAAUCAGAUGGCGCAAAUGAUGGCGCUCUUGACUGAUCUUGCAAAUCAAGUAAAGAACCUCACGCCUAUGGCUCCUACUGCUGCAACUUCUACUCUUAAUGCGCCUACUAACGCACCGAUGAUAGAUCCUGUCAACAAAGGACCUGCUGAAGAAGUCCCCGCUAAUGCUAUUCCCGCCGUCAUUGAUUUGGAAGCUCCACCUAAGGAGUCGCCUGCUGUUCACUUGGAUGAAGAGAGUGCGAGACGUCUCGCAAAAUUGGAAGAACGCUUGUGUAUGUUGCAAGGCUACCAACUCCAAGGCUUUGAUAAGCUGUCGCCUUUUACAAAGGUGAAAGUCCCUGAUUUUUGCAAGGAGCCUGAAUUCUCGAGGAAGUACGAUGGAACUGGGUGCCCUAAGACCCACUUGAAAUAUUAUUUGAAUAAGAUGGCUCGUUACUCCGAUAACACUCCGCUCUUGAUCAACAAUUUUCAAGAUAGUUUGGCUGAUUCCGCUUUAACGUGGUUCAUCGAGAUAGAUUUGGAGAAAAUUUGCACCUGGGAAGACCUCGCAGAUGAAUUCCUCCAACAAUACAAGUUUAAUACUGAAAUUGCUCCAACCCGUGAAGAGCUAGUCCGGGUUGAUAAAAGGAGAAAUGAAACUUUUAGAGCGUAUGCCUAA